CGGGGCGAGAACCCUAACCUCCCUGGCGCGUACCUGGCCUCGGCUGGCCCCGCAGCUGGUCGGUUUUCGCACGUAGGCGUCGGCGUCGGCGUUGGCGUCCACCCGCUUGCCUGCCAUCAUCAGGCCGCCGGGCUGCCGGGCCAUCAUACGGAACAGCAGUUGCAAUUGGGUCACGCCGCGGCUGCAGCCGCCGCCGCGGCCUCCAUGGGGAUGGAAUCCUCGGAGCUGGUGGCGGUGGCACACUACCAGGCGCAACAGCUUCAGCGACAAUUGUUGGCCGAGCAGUCGGGCCCAGCAGGCACGAUGCUGCCGCCGGCUGCUCAGCCUACUGGUGGAGGUUUGACGCAGCCGCUCCAGCAAGGCCAGCAAGCUCCUCAAUCUCAGGGCCAAGAUCCGCUGCAGAGCCUGAUGCAGCAGCUGAUCUGUCUGCAGCAGAUCGAGUACUUUCUCGCUCAGCGCGGUCACAAGUGAUGGGAAUGGUCCGUGAACGCCGGGGAGUGAAGGUCGCGAUGAGUGGACUAGACGCGACGGGGACUCGACGCGAGAUAGAUUUGGUGCGUGUCCGAACGGGGUGUGUACCAUGUUCCGUUGCGCAGGUACGCGACCUUUCCGGUGUGCUGUGACCCGUUUUUACGCUGUCGAGGCCGAGGGGGAUGGACGCACGUUCCCGUUCGAGGUGUCUAGCCGUCUACGUUUCUCGAUCCUCGGACGGUGGGGGGAGGGGCCCGCGCGCGCGGUGUUCACGAGUUGUUCGUCGCGCCGGGAGGAACGCCGGAAGAGGGCAGCCUCUUUCGAUCGACGGGACCGGCCUCGCUCGGGCCAGCGGCCGAGCGUUUAGCUCGUGUGAUAAAACAUAUUACGUCGAAGGAAAGAAUUCGAGAGACAAAAAUAUUAUUAAAAUAAAGAAAGGGAGAUUGACUGGGCGGUGAAACGCUUCUCGGGGGAAACGAAUCGAGGUUGAAACGAAUACAGUUUAAACGCCACGCGCUGCGGCAGAGACGAUCACUCGCUCUGGUGCCGAGCUGUGAAUGAAUCUCUAUCCGUCAACAGUAUUGAUAUAAUUAAUAGAAUAAAUGAAUAUAAAAAAAAAAUUAUUGUAAGAGGUAUAUGGUAAGUACGACUUAUUGUGCAAGCGUAUGCGAGAUAGGAGAGUGUGGUAUGAUGUCGAAUAGGGGGGUGGGGGGAUGGGGGAUGGGGGAUGAGGGAUGAGGGAUGAGAGGAUGUGGGUGUGUUAGAAGACCGGAUCGUCUCUUAGACUCGAAGAUUUUCAAGCGCGGAGCCCGAUCGAACGCCAACGCACAGGCCCUGAUUGCCCCGGGGAAAAAAAGAAACGAGAAAAAUACACGAACGUGGACGUCUUUGUAACGUUUUAUCCCUUUGUUGUUACUAAUAUUAAGAACGGAACCGAGACCACGGAGAGGAAGGGGGGAGGGAGUGAAAGUAUUUUGCACGUCCAGACGCAAAAAGUCCCAGACGUCAGUCAGGCGUUUUCAAGCAUUUCGCGAUCAACCACCGGUACCAGGAAUCACGGAACUUACCCUCGUAGCUGUUAAGCGUAUUUCUCGCAUCUUUGUCGCACAGCACAGCGCGUACCCACGUCCGACGAUCGUCGUGUGACCGUUUUUCUUUUCUCCACGGAGUACACACAGUACCAUUUUUUCGCCGGUGUGCACGCGGUCGCGAGAACUCCGGUUACUUAAUCGCGCGCGAUGAUCUAAUUUCGUUCGACGCGACGCGACACACCAAAACACCAAUACACACAUACACGCGUAUAUUGAGAGGAAAACAUCCACGCGGCACCGAUUAUGUACACUAUGAAUCAUUCUAGUAUAAAGUUCCUUGCGCGUUACGUUUGUACAUGAUAUAUGUAUAUGUUCCUCAUUGUAUGCUUAUACGUUUGUUCCUAUUUUUGUAUUAAUCCGCGUGAUUCGUUGUGUUCUCUUCCUUCGCUGUUGAGCUUUCGGGCCAAUCAGAACGGGGCAUUAUAUAUACACCGACGAUUCGAAGGCGUACGCUCGGUUCCUCGUCGCGUCGAGCCAUUCCAUGCGCGGCGGACGUCGUUUCGAUGGCGUCUUCCGGCGUGCUCCGCGCCUCGCCUCGGGACUUUCUCGAAUCAUCGUCGUCGAACGCGAUCUUCGAAUCCUGAUCCUCGCGCGUCUAAGUUGUUCUUUACGAAGGCAGAUCACGAAGAAGGCUGAACGGAAGAUCGUGGAUUCGAAGCUGUCACUCGUAGUACGCUAAACUUAAUUGUAAGAAAGGAACAUCGCUCUAGUUGUAUAUCGUGAAUCACAUCACACGUACACGUACAUAUGUAUUUAUUAGUUUUUUGUCACCUCGACUGGUGUCACCGCGAAGGCACGGCGUUGGUACGAGCUCUGCUUCGAUUGUAAUUCAAUUAAAAAAGAAAAAAAAUCACAAUCUGAAACCGCUUGAAACACUCUGCGUCUUUUAUUUGUCGACGUUCUUUGUCUCUCUGCGAGCCGCUCUUCGACUUUGGUCCCGAUUCCUCUCGAUUACGCGCGCAGUUCGAUCGUGGCUGGUUCGAGCGCCUUCGAGGAUUGUUCGAGGAUCGAACCAGCCGCGAUCGAUCGCAUCCCGUCGAUUUGGAGGAAGUCGAAACGACUCGGUCCCCCGAUGGAUCGAUCAAAGUGGACUCGAGCUUCGAUCCAACCAGACGACACACGGUACCAUACGUUUCGAAGCCAAAAUUAAGCCCCAAGUCCCGAAGAAAUGCUAACCUAGACAUCGAUGAUACGUUUACCGCUAUUGCACUUUCCGAGGCGUACUGUAAAAGUCUGAUUACCCGGCAAGAUCAUCGAAAUUAUUAUCCGGGCGUGUCACCGUGGCGUCCUCGAACGUGCACAAGACCUGGAUAGAUUAGUAUUGGAUCGAAGGGAACCUUUAACCCUUCCCAAGGUCGGCUAAAACGCAUCCGAAUUCUUUCGAGAACUGAUCGUUCGAGCUCUCCCGACUUCACCGUGGCACGUCGGGCGAACACUUCGAGGAAAGAGAAGAUACGCUCUGUGGAGGAUCGACCGAUCCGCCAUAUUGAACUGUGAAUGACACGAGGGUGUGGGGGAGGGGGCACGAACGUCGGCGUUUCAUCACGUCCAUUGAACUCUGCGCUUUCGGGUGGUUCCACUUCGGACGCGCGUCUCUGGUGAAGGAUAUAGAACUUUUCGAAUAUGUACAAAGUCAUCGUAUACACACGCGUCAUGCACCACACACACGGAUACGCGUCGUUCGCCCGGCGAUGUUUGGUCCGCCUUUGGAUCUCUGUCCACCCGGGAGGACGAGAAGAAGCGGGGAAACGCGGAUCGGGACGGAGCGACGGUACGCACGCACACACACACACACACACACACACACCUACACCAACACAUACACACACCACACACCCAGUUGCAACUACAAAUCAUUGAAUUAGAUAGUUAAGCUACGCGUGAAGCCAGUACAGUCCCACGGCGUGAGAGUGUGCGAACAAAAAUGCUGGAAGCGAGGGGUGGGGGGUAAUUUCGUAUAUAACGAAGAAAAGUAUGCCUGGCACGCGAGGAAGUUAGCGGCAAGAAAAUGUGAGUGAGCGUAAUUCUGAGUGAGAAAAAAUGAGAGCAAGAAUGGGAUAAUAGAGAGAAAGAGAGAGAGUGAGCUGGACUAAAUGAUUAUUUCGACACGAGCAUGCGGUGGGUUUUAGGAUAAAUGAUCUAUUGACAAAUGUUGUAUAUUAUUACG